AUGUCAUCGCCGAACUCCCGUCUAUCUAGCCUCCUCGGCCACUUCCUUCCAUCAUCCCAUGUCGAGCACCGGGAAGGCAAGAAAGUCAACCACCACACGCUCUCGCCUACAUUCUUUCUUCCGCGUACAGCGGCCAUUGAGCCCGAUGCCGAAGCUAUAUACCACUUGACUGCAAACAACAAGGUCCUGCGCAGAAGUUACAUUGAGGCCGCAGAUCGCGCGCGCGGACUUGCGUACUACCUCAAGAAGCAUAAAUUUAAGCGUGUGGGCAUCUUGGCACCAAACACCCCUGCUUUUUUAGAGUCUAUAUUCGGCAUUGCAGCGGCCGGUGCCGUCAAUGUUGCUGUGAAUUAUCGCCUGAAACCGGAAGAUGUCAGUUAUAUAUUUGUGCAUUCUGAUGUGGAGAUGAUUAUUGUUGAUGAGGAAUAUAUAUUUCUUCUAGAAUUGUUUAAGGGGGAGCACCCAAAUAUACCGCUCUUGAUUGAUACGGACACGGAUGCAACAGAAGGCGAGUUGAGUGGGCCUUUUGAUGCUGCCAUUUUGGAAGGCUUGCAGUAUGACACAGACACGGGAGGGCGAGGAUGGAAAGGUCUAGAGGCGCAGGCUGCCGACGAAAACUCAACUAUUGCUCUCGCUUACACUAGUGGUACUACCGCGCGUCCAAAGGGAGUUGAUUACACUCAUCGAGGGUCAUAUCUAGCUUCAUUGGGCAACAUUAUCGAAUCCGGACUGAAUUAUAAUACAGGACGCUGUAGAUAUUUGUGGACUUUGCCUAUGUUCCAUGCCAUGGGUUGGACAUUUCCAUGGGCAGUUACGGCAGUCAGAGGCACUCACUAUUGCCUACGAAAGAUCGAUUAUCCUUAUAUCUGGCGUCUACUGAAGGAUGAGCAUGUAACGCAUUUCAAUGCCGCUCCGACAGUUAACACGCUCUUAUGUACCGCGAAAGAAGCGGCAAGGCUCCCAGAUCCAGUAAGGGUUACUGUGGCUGCUAGUCCGCCAUCGGCACAUUUGUUUGAACAGAUGACGAACCUCAACCUGCACCCAGUGCAUGUCUACGGCAUGACAGAAACUUACGGUCCCAUCACCAAAGGUUAUCAUAUGCCCAUCUGGGACACACUUCCUGACAGUGAGAAGUAUAAAAGAAUGGCUCGUCAGGGUCAUGGCUUCGUCACAAGUCUCCCUAUCCGCGUCAUCAAGACGGAUCUGCCGGAGGGCACUAUUGAAGACGUACAACGGAAUGGUCUUGAGCUGGGAGAAAUAGUGUUUGUUGGCAAUAUUUGUGCAAAGGGCUACUACAAAGAUCCAGAAGCCACACAUAAGCUAUUUGCAGGCGGAGUGCUUCACUCAGGGGAUCUGGCAGUCUGGCACCCAGAUGGGGCUAUUCAAAUCAUGGAUAGAGCCAAGGAUAUCAUUAUCAGUGGCGGCGAAAACAUAUCCUCAGUAGCGUUAGAAUCGAUGUUGGUCACUCAUCCAGACAUUCUCGAGGUGGGUGUUGUUGCCGUGCCUGACUCCCACUGGGGAGAGAGACCAAAGGCGUUCGUCACAGUACAACCAGGCAAACAUGUCACUGGGCCUGAUGUUAUCACGUGGGCUAAGAAUGCGCGUGGCAUCAGCAAGUUUAUGGUUCCUCGCGAGGUUGAAACUGUCCCAGAACUCCCAAAAACUAGCACUGGCAAGGUCAAGAAAAAUGUUCUUCGAGAAUGGGCCAAGGGAGGGGUGCGAGAACUAUAG